AGGAGCAAGAAAGUUUCAUCUGGCUAUAUUCCCACGUCAAGACACAUGGCUCUACAGUCCCAUUCAUUGAAAGAUAGAAAUAGUUUUAUUGAGUUCGUUGAUCUAACAAUUAACAAUGUUUUAUUUCACACUGUGUUUAAUUGGUUUCAUUAUCGCUUCAGCGGUACAGGAUGUAAGUGGCCAGGAGACAUCACCUCCGUGUAACAUGAUGUGUCCAUUCAUCUACUUGCCAGUUUGUGCCAGCAAUGGUCUCACCUACGCCAGCCGUUGUGUUAUGGACUCUAUGUCUUGCAUAGACAGUCUUGGCCUCACACUGAGACACGAAGGUCCCUGUGUCUGAGGUCAGCAGGACUUGGACUUCUAGAUUGAAAUGGACAGUGGUGUACAUACGUACAUCUGAGUGUUGAAAUUAUCCACACUUGUUUGACUGCUUCUAAGACAAAACGAAACAAUGUAAAUUAUG